AUGGCAUUCCUACUUUGUGAUACAAACAACUUGUUCGAUUUCUUACAAGUGCGCAAUUCUUCCAAUUCUAUUGAAGCCAAUGGACAACCAAUACAUCAUACAAACAUUGACUUAAUAGAUGACACAAACAUGUUUGACGAUUGGUUCCAUUGUGAAGAUGAAAAUCAACUGAAUUCAUCUCAACUCGAGUCUUCACAACAUUCCUCUCCACCAAAUGCCAAACCAACGAGCUCAAAAACGGCACAUGCCAAACCAAAACAAAUGAAUACAGACUAUCUGUAUGGAGUCAUUGAUCAUGUGCUGCAAGAUACCAAGUCAGAAAUUGGGUUGAAAUGGAGCAUGUUGGAAUGCUCUUCACAACUGGUCGACAGCUCUAUUCAAUCACCACUCUCCGAUUCGACACUAAGUAUAAACAAUGUCACUCCUAAAGAGAAUUAUGGAAGAAGUAGGUCAGGUUCAAGUAAUACUACCAAUACCACCACAUGUAACACUAUCAAUAGUAAUCAAUCCCAAGAUAUUGAAUCGACGCAAACUACUACAUUUAACAAUAUUUCAGAGUUUAAUAAUACUGUUGGUGAUCAUUUCAUGCAGAAUAUGACAACAUGUUUUGACAAGAAUAAUUAUGUAAGCUAUACUCAACCAACAUGUAUGCAACAACGAAAGAUUAAAAAGAGCCAAAAGAAAAGGUCGAAAAGCAUACAGUUUAUUAGUGAGGAGGGAAAUUCGUAUCCACUUCAACUUGAAUCAUUUAAUUGUUCACUAAGUAACUCUCCACUCAAUAGAAAUAAUCUCUCUGUUAAAAGUAACAAACGAAAGUCAAUGUUCAAUCAACCUUUCCAAAAGACAACCAAAGAGGAAAACCCAAAUUCUUACAAGAUUCGAUUUUCACACAAUGUUUUUGAAGAGAUCACCUUUAAAAACACAAAUCCCUCUCAAAAAUUCUACAAAUUCAAUGGAAUUGGAGAAGAUAAAAUAAAUUAA